ACUUUAACAGACACUCAGGCAGCCGCAGCAUCGUCCGCAGCGAGCGCACACACACUGACACAAGUCGCGUGGGCUGUCUGGACGCCGACGCCAUCUGUUCUCGCCCACGCUGGACACGCUGCAAUCAAGACUGCUUUUAAGAUUAUCUAUUUAGGAAAUUUUAACCAGAAUUACCAUAUUCUCUUCGCCCUGAAUAGACUACAUAUUGUAGUGCGUUGGCACGGAUGCUCUAUUAGGCUACUCUGCUGUCUCUUGGCUGGGGAAAAUACUCAGGAGGUACAUUUGUAUCCAUAACAAUUGUCACCGAGACUGGUCGUCCUCUGUCAUCUUGAAGUUGCCUUAUUGAGCAUCCUACAGACAGUGAAUUGUGAUGUACUUGUGCCAUGGUCACCCAGGUUCCACAAGGUGAGGAGAGGGAUUGAGUUGGAGAGAUUUUUUUUUUAACGCGGAGGGAGUUGUUGUGGAUCACGGAGACCAGGAGGAGAGAGACAACCGUCGGCGCCAAUAACACCUUCUGCAUCAGAACCGUCUCAGUUUCUUCCAUAUAUGGUACACCACUAAAACUGGACCCUUGGAUUAAUUUUACAGAAUACCUGUCAACGAGGAUAUAUCUGUUUUAAAUUCACUGUAAUAGACUUCAAUCAGGUCGAGGUGUCUCACUGCGGUUGAACCCCCUACCAAGGCUAAGGUUGUGGUUUUACCGUUUGGACCAUUUUAAUAAUAAUAUUUCCCUUUCGGGUGGAUUGUUUGACCAUCUCGGACGACCCCAAAUGUGCGAUGUCUGAGCAGUGAGAGCUCGGUGGGAUCUGCUUUGGUCGUCCUGCACAGUAGCAUGGCCCCGUCCCGACGGCACUGCGGAUGGGAGAUGACGCCUCUGUCGGGAUGCCUGCUCCUGUCCAUCUUGAUGUUUCAGCCUGCGCUAGCCAAGGUCUGCAAUGACUAUACGAGGCACGGCCAGGACAACAGCUGGUUCUCGGGGGAUAAUGAAAAGUUGCCCAUCAUGGUGCUCAUGCCGAUGAACGAGUCGGCACUGAUGAGCAGCAUUAGUCAGGGCAUCGAGCCCGCAGUCCAACUGGCCAUACAACAUAUAAAAGAAUCACGGAAUUACAAGUUUUCACUCAUCACCAAAAUCUACGACACCGAGUGUGACAACGCCAAGGGAUUGAGGGCCUUCUUCGAUGCCAUAUGCUACGGACCCAAACACCUGAUGAUCUUUGGAGGGGUGUGUCCGUCCGUGACGUCCAUCAUUGCUGAGUCACUGGAGGGGUGGAACCUGGUGCAGCUCUCCUUUGCGGCAACAACCCCUGUUCUGGCCGACAAGAAGAAGUACCCCAACUUCUUCCGGACGGUUCCGUCGGACAACGCAGUGAACCCAGCCGUGGUCAAGUUCCUCAACUUUUACAACUGGAGCCGUGUGGGGACCCUCACACAGGAUGUCCAGAGGUUCUCAGAGGUGAGGAAUGACUUGACCAAUGAGCUGGAGAAGGCAGACAUCCAGAUUGCUGACACCGAGAGCUUCUCCAACGACCCCUGUGUCAAUGUCAAGAAGCUCAAGGAUAAUGAUGUGAGGAUCAUUAUCGGACAGUUUGAUGAGAAUCUGGCCUCCAAAGUAUUCUGCUGUGCGUACAACCUGAACAUGUAUGGUAGUAAGUACCAGUGGAUCAUACCAGGCUGGUACCAGGGGAACUGGUGGGAGCAGGCCAACUCCACCAACUGCACCACCAGGAAGCUGCUGACCGCUAUGGAGGGAUACAUUGCUGUGGACUUUGAACCGCUCAGCGCCAAACAGGUCAAGGGCAUCUCUGGAAGGACACCUAAGGAGUACGAGAGGGAGUACAGUAAAGAGCUGCAGCAGAAGGGAGUGGAGCCCUCGAAGUACCAUGGCUUCGCCUACGAUGGGAUCUGGGUGAUAGCAAAGACCCUGACCCGCGUCAUGGAUUUACUGCAGCACAAGGAGAGGCAGGACAUGUACCACAACUUCACCGUGGACGACCGGGAGGUGGGCAGGCUGGUGCUGGACGUCAUGAACGAAACCAACUUCUAUGGCGUCACGGGCCAAGUCAUGUUCAGGAACGGAGAACGGAUGGGCACGAUCAAAUUCACACAGUUUCAAGAGGGUCAGGAGGUGAAGGUCGGAGAGUACAACGCUAUUGCUGAUGUCCUGGACCUUAUUAACAACACCAUGAGGUUCCAAGGGGUGGAGCCUCCUAAGGACCGUACGUUUGUGCGUCUGCAGCGUCGCAACAUCAACGUACCCCUCUACAGCAUCCUGUCUGUUAUCACCAUCCUGGGCAUGCUCAUGGCAGGGGCCUUCCUCUUCUUCAACAUCAAGAACCGCAACCACAGACUGAUCAAGAUGUCCAGUCCCUACAUGAACAACCUCAUCAUUCUGGGAGGAAUGCUGUCCUACUCCUCCAUCUUCCUCUUUGGCCUGGAUGGCUCCUUGGUGUCCGACAAAGAGUUUGAGGCCCUGUGCACCGUGAGAACGUGGAUCCUCAUCGUAGGGUAUACGACAGCGUUCGGCGCCAUGUUCGCCAAGACCUGGAGAGUCCACGCGAUCUUCAAGAAUGUCAAGAUGAAGAAAAAGAUUAUCAAGGACCAGAAGCUGCUGAUCAUUGUUGGUGGGAUGCUGCUGAUUGACCUAUGCAUCCUCAUAUGCUGGCAGAUUGUUGACCCACUGAAGAGGACCGUGGAGGAGUACAGCUUGGAGGCGGACCCCCAGGGGCAGGACAUAGCCAUCCGGCCCUUCCUGGAACACUGUGAGAACACACAUAUGACCAUUUGGCUGGGAAUUGUCUACGCUUACAAGGGCCUGCUUAUGUUGUUUGGGUGUUUCCUGGCCUGGGAGACGAGGAAUGUGAGCAUCCCGGCCCUGAAUGACAGCAAGUACAUCGGGAUGAGUGUGUACAACGUGGGCAUCAUGUGUAUCAUCGGGGCGGCUGUGUCCUUCCUCACGCGAGACCAGCCCAAUGUGCAGUUCUGCAUCGUGGCUCUGGUCAUCAUCUUCUGCAGCACAAUCACUCUCUGUCUGGUGUUUGUGCCAAAGUUCAUCACGAUGAGGACCAAUCCUGACGCUGCUACUCAGAAUCGGAGGUUAAAGUUCAAUACGAACCAGAAGAAAGAGGACUCCAAGAUGUCCACGUCAGUGACGAGUGUGAACCAGGCCAACACGUCCAGACUGGACGGCCUGCAGACUGACAACCACCGCCUCCGCAUGAAGAUAACAGAGUUGGAUAAGGAACUGGAGGAGGUGACCAUGCAGCUGCAGGACACCCCAGAGAAGACCCCGUACAUCAAGCAGAACCACUAUGGCGACGUCAACAACAUCCUCAGCAUACGCAACUUUACCGACGGCAAAGAGGGGGAGAAAUCGAAACUGAAGAAUCAUCUUGAGCAGAAGCCUCAGGCGCAGUGGGGCUCCAUGGACCCUUCCAGAAUAAACAGAGGUCCUCUGGAGGAUAUCAACUCACCUGAACACAUACAGCGCAGGCUGUCGUUGCAGCUGCCCAUCCUGCACCAUGCCUACCUACCCUCCAUAGGGGGGGUGGACGCCAGCUGUACCAGCCCCAACCCCAGCCCCAGCUCCAGUCCGCGGCACAGACACAUGCCACCGUCCUACCGGGUCAUGGUCUCAGGCCUGUGAGCAUCAGUUUCCCCUGGCGCUACCAAGAAAGACAUCUGUGUAAAAAACAACAACAAGCAGACUGUGACUGAGGUCAUCAGGGAUAGUGGAAUAAUAUGUGCGUUGGACCAGGGAGGGGGAAGUUUUAUCCACUCUUCAUGCCUCGGUCUCUAGACCCCCUCACUAGAACCGUGGGUCGGGGAAAGGGUACAGAGGACCUUACAAACGAUGAUGACACGAACCGCAGCUAC